UCUCAUCUCACUCACUUCCACUUCACCACUCGUGUUCCUCUCUCGCUCUCUCACCUCUCCUCCUUCGUGCUCACCACCUCCGUCCUGCUGUUACCUUUGCCCGUCCUCGACGCUCAACGGUCACCGUCCUCGCCUCUCCCUAUUGCCUUCUGUACGCGAGUCACCUUGCCCUUGCAAGUGUCACCACCUUCUCCCUUUCCAGCACCCGCCGACGUCUACGAUCAUGUCUAUUCUCAUAACUGGCUUCGAGCCCUUCGCCGGCGACUCCGAGAACCCAUCACGCCUUAGCGCCCGUCAAGCUGUUGCUCUCCUCAGGGCGGAGGGACAUGAUGCCCACUUCCUCGAGGUUCCUUGCGUCUUCGCUACCGCCUUCCCCACGGUAAAGGCCGAGGCAGAGCGCGUAGGCGCCGAAAUAGUCAUCGCAGUCGGUCUUGCCGGAAGUCGCAGGGCCAUCUCGCUCGAGUCAAGGGCCAAGAACAUCAUAGAUGCUCGCAUCCCCGACAAUGCUGGCGGGCAGCCACGCAACGUCCCCGUCGUGCCCGGUGGCCGGAAGACCCUCCCGUCCCGUCUUCCGCUUUCGCGCGCAGUCGAGGCCAUUAUCUCAUACGACCCUUCUGAAGGCAUCUCCGAUGCCUCGGAUGAUGCACACGAAGCCCAGGGGGUUUUCACGGGCGGCAUUCCCAUCGAGAUUAGCAAGAGCGCAGGAGAGUACGUGUGCAAUGCGCUCAUGUACGCCUCGCUGGCUGGCUUCCCCGAAGACAUGUCAGUCGGCUUUGUCCACGUUCCCCGCUUCAACAAGGUCGGACUUCCAGAACAGGCCGCUGCACUCACGAUUGUGGCCAAGGAGACACUGGCAGCUCGUAUCCGGUUGCGCAAGGCCUCCGGGAAGUGUCGUGGAGCAUAGGAACUCCGUCAGACUUGUAGCCUUAUGCGUGGAAUCAUUCGAAUGCAUGUAGUACAGAUGUGCAAUAUGGGACCUAUGCUGU